AUGGAUAUUGAUACGGAUAUGAAUAAUGAGCUCAUGGCACAUGGAUACAGCAACUUUGCGGCUGGAGUGUUUGGUUCCUUACCCAAUUACAUGACGUACAGCAACAGUUUGCUGUUUGCCAAAUCAAAGGGAGGUGGGAUGGCCAGCUCCCUGAUUGUCUCGUUCUUCACGUUCGUAUUCUUCAUUUUUGGCCCCGAGUUGGCAAUCUACAUUCCACGGUGCAUGGCAGGAACACUGCUGUUGCACAUUGGGCUGGACUUGUUCAUGGAAGGGGUAGUUGAUUCGUACUAUUAUGGAUACGACAGAUUGGAAUACGGAGGGAUAUGGUUGAUAACGAUAACGAUGACUGCGUUGGGAAUGACUGCCGGGCUCUGUGCUGGCGUCCUUGCGGCAUUGUCAGUCUACGCAGCUCAGUCCAUCACAUACAUGAACCCAAUCAGGGCGCAAAUGCCUGCAACUACCCUUUUAAGCUCUGUUUGGACAAGACCAGCCUCGGAACUUGCCAUCCUCAACAACGAGCGCACUGGACGCUCCCGUAUUCUAGUUGUCCAACUCCAAGGUCAUCUAUUCUUCGGCAAUGCAAACCAGCUGACGGACACGGUCAAAGGGUUGCUCACCGACAGUCAAGGGACCGGUCUUGAGCCUCUUAUUGUCAUAUUGGACUUCACGCUUGUCUUGGGUUUGGAUUCCUCGGCAUCCCAUGCCGUUGCGAAAAUGAACACAGCAAUGCAUCGUCGUUUCGACAUUGCUGCCACUGUCUUCGUUGCAGGUAGAGAAGGGUUUCCUUGCGAGUACGCCCUUUCGGAAGCGCUCUCGAGGCAAGGCGACGAAGAACACCUUGAAGAGCUUGAAGACUUGACGUACUCUUUUUCAGAUAUGAAUAGCCCCAAGUAUCGCCGCAAUCGAAUCUGUGAUAAUCUUGAUGACGCUCUGAUCUUCGCUGAAGACGUUCUCAUUUUCCGUGUAGACCCAUCUCUGCUGCAGCGUGACAGAGCCAUCGUCGAACCAACAGGAUAUCUGGCCCCGGAAGAUGAACGAAAGCUCGCUGUUCAACAGCUUGCAAACCUCUUCCCCAAGAGCGACGAGAUUACAGCAGCCGUGAAGCUUUUGUUUUCGUUCUUUGAACGGGAGGAGUACACUGUGAAUCAAAAGCUGUGGGAACAAGGAGAUGCCAGCACGUGCGCCAAACUCCUCGUUAGGGGAGAAUUGAUUGCCUAUUCUGACUGCAACGCACAGACGAGCGUCGCAGCUGAGAGAGUCCCUACUGGAAACAUCGUGGGUGAACUGGGCCUUGUACAAGGAUUGCCUCGACUCAGCACACUGGAGUGCACAUCAGAGAAGGCCAUCAUGUACAGCUUGAGUCUCGAAUCCUGGAAGAAGAUCCGGAAAGAGCAUUCCUAUGCUGCAGUGUACUUUGAAGAGAUUGUCAUUCGAUAUCUAGCCAACCGCGCUCAGCACGUUACCAGAAUUUUCGAUUCGCGGUGCUUACCGGUCUAG